AACUUCAAAUCAGAACCCCUCUCCUUCUCCAUUAGCUCCCAAAUUCCGACCAGUGAGCUCCAUAGCCGCCGUCAAAACCCCACUCUCUCCACUUUUUGACCAAAAUCCCAUCUCCGAUCUCUGGUUUUUCCUCAAAAACCCCUCCAAUGGAAGCCACAGCACCACCCAAAUCCCCAUUCCCAGACCCAUCUCAGCCGCCCACCGCCUCCCCCAACCCACAUUCCAAGAAAACCUUCGUCUCCUCUCUAAUGGAGGCUGCCACUCUCCGCUCCCCCUCUUUCAAAGAAGACACCUAUUUCAUUUCCCAUCUCAAAUCCUCCGAGAGAAAAGCCCUCCAAGACCUUAAAGACAAACUCUCCGCCGCUACCUCCGCCGACGAUCGUCUCUCCAUGUGGGGUAUACCCCUCUUGGCUAACGACGACCGUGCCGAUGUCAUCCUACUCAAGUUCCUCCGUGCCCGUGACUUCAAAGUCCUCGAUGCCCUCCACAUGCUCCAAAAAUGCCUCCAAUGGCGCUCGGAGUUCGGCGCCGACAGCAUCCUCGAUGAAGACCUGGGCUAUAAAGAACUCGAGGGCCUUGUCGCGUAUAUGCAGGGCUACGACAGAGAAGGACACCCUGUUUGUUAUAACGCUUAUGGGGUUUUCAAAGACAAAGAAAUGUACGAAAGGAUCUUCGGCGACGACGAGAAACUCAAAAAGUUCCUCAAAUGGAGAGUUCAAGUCUUGGAACGAGGGAUUCAUCUCCUCCAUUUCAAGCCCGGCGGUGUUAAUUCCUUGAUUCAAGUCACCGAUCUUAAAGACAUGCCCAAACGAGAGCUUCGUGUCGCUUCCAACAAAAUCCUCUCGCUAUUUCAAGACAAUUACCCUGAAAUGGUUGCCCGUAAGAUUUUCAUCAAUGUGCCAUGGUAUUUCAGUAUGUUGUACUCCAUGUUUAGCCCCUUUUUAACUCAACGAACCAAGAGCAAAUUCGUCAUCGCUAAAGAAGGCAACGUCGCCGAGACCCUUUACAAGUUCAUCAGACCAGAGGACGUGCCAGUCCAGUACGGCGGCCUGAGUCGGCCGAGCGACUUACAGGAUGGACCUCCCAAGCCAGCGUCGGAGUUCGCCGUCAAAGGAGGGGAGAAAGUGAACAUUCAAAUAGAAGGCAUUGAGGGAGGUGCCACAAUCACAUGGGACAUCGUGGUCGGAGGUUGGGAAUUAGAGUACAGCGCCGAGUUCAUUCCGAUCGCCGAUGGCAGCUACACCAUUGCAGUGGAGAAAACAAGGAAAAUUUCAGCUAAUGAAGAAGCAAUUCACAACUCAUUCACUACAAGAGAAGCUGGAAAAAUGGUUCUCUCUGUCGACAACACCGCCUCUCGGAGGAAAAAGGUCGCUGCCUACCGUUACAUCGUCCGAAAAUCAACCGCGAUCUAACAAUAAACAGAACGAAAGAUCAAGUACAAGACAAUCUAAAUCUCCUAAUGUUUGACAAGUAAAGUUAGUAUUUUGAUAUUGAUUUUGAUUAUGUAAUGUGUUUAUCUGUAUUGGGUUUAGUUAUAAAAUUUAGUUGCUUGUGGUUAUGAAGUGUUUGUUAAUAUAAGUAAAAGAAGAAGAACAGCUUUGAUGAGGUGCA